AUGUCCGAGUCGCGCGAGAAGAAGGGCCGCGCGACGCCGUUGGACGGGCUCGUCCAGCCCCAUAUCAUCGAGGCGAUUGCGACGUCCCUUGACAACAGUGUUGAAUUCAAUUGCUUCCUCGACGCGGUGCCGCGCUCUCUCUGGACACCGGCGCUCACGGCCUUUGUCGACGUCACCACCGUGGCGCCGUCGAGCGUCUACGACGACUGGCCGUACCUCAUCCUCUGCGAGACAGACUUAUCGCCAACGGUUGUGGGCAUGCUUGUGCAGACGCUGCCGUUGCGCUUGCUCAUGGGCUUUGAGUGCACGAUCUACGAAGCGGCGCCGUUGGUCCAGCUGGUCCCGAGCCUCGGGCCCGCGCUGAGCUCCAUCAUUCUUGCUUUCGACGACACGAUCAUGGUCGACGGCCAAGGCCAAACGAUUGCGGAUCUUCUCUUGCAGCAGUGCCCACGCAUGACCCAUAUUUUGAUUCACGCUGUGUUCAACAACAACAACAACAACAACGAGGAGCGUGUCGAGCUUAGCAAUCUGCUGGCGGUCGUCGCCCACCCGCGCGUCGAGCAGCUGCUGCUCAGCUUGCACGACGUUCACGCGACGCCGCGGCUCGGGCAUUACCUGGCGUCAUGGCUCUUAAGAGCCCCAUCGACGAGUCUGAUCCUGCGCAACAUUAUUCACAUGGACGACGACGCGGCGAUGGCGUUCUGCGACGCACUACAAGCCAACACGACGCUCACCGAGCUCGUGCUCAGUCGCGUCGCCAACCUCGUGGACCUACGCGGCCGGACGCUUCCAACGUCCUUGCAACAUCUCGAGUGGGCGACGCGCGUCGGCGCGCCCGACGUCGACGAUGCAACCAUCGAGCACCUCGCCAUCGCCGUGGGCUCCACUCGGCUCAAGCACUUUGGCUGCUGCGUCUUUGGCAGAGUCGCGCAGUGCCCAGCCGCUGCAUCGAUGCUAGCGCAGCUGCAGUCGCUCGACGUCAUCGCGCUGCCCGCUGACGGCGUCCAAGCGCUCAUUGCUGGCUUGUCGACGGUGCCGGCGCUGACAACGCUUGCCCUGCAAAAGAGUCAGAUGACCUCGGAAGACGACGCGGUGCAGCUCAUGGACGCGCUCGCGACCUCGUGUCCGCUUCUGAGUCGUCUUAAUUUGAACGAGCACGCCAUGGGCUACGAUGGCGUCGCCGCCGUGCUAGCGGCCGCACCGCGCUUGCCGCAGCUAACGUCGCUGGACGUGUCGCCAAAAUUCAACGUCAUGACGUUGCCGGAGCUGCUGUACAUCCUCAUGGAGCUCGUCGUCGCGGGCCGCCACGUCCGUGAGCUCUACGUGAAGACGGUGAUGCGGCAGAUGACCGUCAAUGGCGUGCGCGCACCGCUGAGUGAUGGCAAAAAGGUCAAGCGCGCGGUUUUGCGCGCACUCGCCAUGAUCCACGACGUUCCGUUUGUCCUAAAUCAAUUCCCAGCCAACGUCGAGCCGCAUGUCGUCGACGCUCUCGGUGCGACGGCCGAGCGUGCGGACCGUUGUCAGUUAUACCUCAACUUUUAGAGAUUGUAUAUAAUAAACGCCAAAAUAGCUUUACAUACUCAGA